GUCGUGGAGCUCGGAGAAAGCAAAUGAGCUUGGUGAUGACGGCGCACACCCUCGCUCUUUUAUACGUCGACGUGGGCCAGAACGGCCCGAAGCUGCAUGGCGACGUUCCGCACACAACUUUUUCCGUUGACAAGCAUGUCAAGGGCCCAUGCAUGCGGCUUGAAGGCGAUCCCCCAUCUGCCAUGUUUGACAGUUGCUCGAGCAGCAUCUGAGUUACGGGUGAGUAAUACUUGAACCCGUCAGAUCUUCACUGGCAGAGCCGACUUCCGCUCGGUAGGCGUAGCAGUAACCUACACUCCUGGUGUCGUUGUUUGCGGUGCAAUGUAGUAUAACCAUGAUGCGGCCCUGUUCCGAUAUGCAUAUAUCCGAAUUGCGCGAAUCGGGUCGUUUCAGAGACCUUCGCUUAGUCAGCGCCCUACUUGGCAGGUAAAACGAUGGGCGGUCUUCCGAGUCCGACUAUUAGGGCACUCGGCAUGCAUGAAUCAACAGCAUACCAGUAAGUACGCAGACCUGAAGACCAGCCAAGUCCUAGUCAGGCUUCGCAACUGCAACCGGACCGGCCGACGGUCCUAGUCUGGCACCUUCGGACUCGGAGAGGGAGGAGGGGGAAGAAUCAGGAGGAGGAGAGGGGCUUGCUUCAA